UUAGGUAGGUAUAUUAAAUCAAAGUCUAUUUAAAAAGUAAAAAAAUUGUUAUUUCUUUAUUACCGAUAGGGUGCAAUCAACCCCCAGUAAAAGAGAAAAAUUUUUUUUCAACAUUAUUAGGCAUGUAUUAAUUUUUACCUACCUUAAGAAUGUCAAUUUUAUCAACUAACAAAUUUAAAAAUUAUGGACUACGUGUAGGUAGGUAUAUAAUUACGUUUUCAGGGAGCUGUGAGGACAAGGUGACUGUGAGGAAGCCCCCCGCGCCCCCCGCCAACAGGAUCGUUGGGGGACGACCCACCACCGUCGAGGCAUACCCAUACAUGGCGUAUUUAAGAUCAUUAUGUACGAUGCGUGGUCAGAGGCUGCUGGGGGGUGCCUGUGGGGGCGUGAUACUCACACAGCACCACGUGCUCACCGCUGCACACUGCUUAUUUCGGUAUUAAAUUCCAAAAUGUUAAUAAUCAAUGACACUACCAUCUUGAGGGCAUCUAAAGUUGUCAUUCGCGUCGGAUCCACCUACAAUGACCGCGGAGGCUCAAAGCAUGAGACGUCCAAGACCUUGGUCCACGAGGAUUACAAAUAUUCGGAGAGUAAAGACAACGACGUUGCAGUGUUGGUGCUGUCGACCAGUGUGAGCAACUACCGGAGCAGCUCGGUGCAGCCAGCCGUCAUCCCCCCGGGGGGGUAUGUGGUCCCGGACAACGCGUCUGUGGUAGCUGUCGGGUGGGGACGGACUAAUAUGAAAUGCAUCAAGUCAAGCCCCAUCGGCCUGCGACUCGUGGGGCUGCGCAAGGUGGACCGAGACACCUGCGCCGCACGUUAUCCGAGAUUCUCAUACAACAACAUGCUCUGCGCGGGGCUGCUUGGUGUUGGAGGAGCUGGUACUUGCCUGGGUGACUCAGGUGGUCCCCUGGUGUACAACGGGGUGGUGGUUGGGGUGACCUCAUUUGGGAAGGCAUGCGACACUUACUUCUACCCUCACGUGUUCACGCGCGUCUCUAGCUACACCAACUGGAUCAACAACACUUUACGACAAAACCAGGUUGAGGUUGUGCACAAGCUCAGUCACAACACCGCCGUGGCUGCUGACGUCAGCAGUUUGAUGCUACUCGCCUUCGUAACCUCCAUAUGGAUAAUGUAUUCCGAAAUCAUUUAUUUUUGAAUUAAGUACCGUACCGAUGAUGAUUUAGGUACGAUUUAUUUUCUAAAUUUAUACAGAAUAAUUCACAAGUUUGGAAAUUCAUAUUGAAAAAGUGGCUUUUAGGUGAGUAGAUAUACAUAUUUUUUGCAUUUCCGUUUAUUAUGUUUUUUGUUCUUCUGAGAAACUUUUGUUAAGUAACUAGUUAACUCGAUGAUGUUGAUUAUUCGACAUUUUCUCUUAUAUUAAAAUUAAAUAUAUUUUUAUAACAGCUUAUAAAUGUUUUUUUAUAUCUUUCCUUGCGCACCUUUUUGGUAUAUUAAGUAUACCUUGUAACGUAGCGCCUUAGGGGCGGCUAGCUCAGGGGGUGCUACGCUAACAUAAAUGAACCUAAUGACUGAUCAUUUGGGUUACCUAUCUGAGUGGAGUUUUGAUUGAAACAACUGAUUUGGUUUUACGAAUACAACGAGGAUAAAAUCUUUGACUUUUAUUUAUAUAUAUAAUGCUUAACCAACGACACGAUAUAAUUACAACAUACGGCCCAGACUAUGAAUACGACCAAGAACCGAUAAUCUAGUUUUAUUGACAAUUCUGACGCGACUCGUUAUGCUUUU